CCCAGCCAGCUUGCGUCACUGCCUCAGAGUGCAGAGAGAAGAGCGAGCUGGGCAGAGCGAGACAAAUUUGAAGGGGAGGGCAGGCGCGAGUUCAGCAGCCCCCGGGGCUCUCCUCUCCCACCGCCUAUCCCUUUCCUCUCUUCUCCUCCAGCUUCUCUCUCUGCCCCUAACUUUCUCCCGAAAACCCUCUAUUUAGCCAAAGGAAGGCGGUAAGGGGAUCCCCCUCCCCUCCCCCCUCCAAAAAAAAAAAACUUUUCCAGUCGGAAGAGAGCAGGGGAACCAGUGCGCGCCCGGCUCGCCAUGGAGCUGCUGUGCUGCGAGGUGGACCCGGUCCGCAGGGCCGUGCCAGACCCCAACCUGCUCUACGACGACCGCAUUUUGCAGAACUUGCUCACCAUCGAGGAGCGCUACCUUCCACAGUGCUCCUACUUCAAAUGCGUGCAGAAGGACAUCCAGCCCUACAUGCGGAGGAUGGUGGCCACCUGGAUGCUGGAGGUCUGUGAGGAACAGAAGUGUGAAGAAGAGGUCUUCCCUUUGGCCAUGAAUUACCUGGACCGGUUCUUGGCUGGGGUCCCGACCCCUAAGUCCCACCUGCAACUCUUGGGUGCUGUCUGCAUGUUCCUGGCCUCUAAACUCAAAGAGACCAUCCCUCUGACAGCCGAGAAACUGUGCAUUUAUACCGACAACUCCAUCAAGCCUCAGGAACUGCUGGAGUGGGAGCUGGUGGUGUUGGGCAAGUUGAAGUGGAACCUGGCAGCCGUCACCCCUCACGACUUCAUCGAGCACAUCCUUCGUAAGCUGCCCCAGCCGAGGGAGAAGCUGCCGCUGAUCCGCAAGCAUGCACAGACCUUCAUUGCUCUGUGUGCCACUGACUUUAAGUUUGCCAUGUAUCCACCAUCGAUGAUUGCAACUGGAAGUGUGGGAGCAGCCAUCUGUGGGCUCCAGCAGGAUGAGGACGUGAGCUCGCUCACUGGUGAUGCCCUGACGGAUCUGCUGGCCAAGAUCACAAACACGGACGUGGAUUGUCUCAAAGCCUGCCAGGAGCAGAUCGAGGCCGUGCUGCUCAACAGCCUGCAGCAGUUCCGUCAGGACCAGCGUGAUGGUGGCAAGUCGGAGGAUGAACUGGACCAAGCCAGCACCCCUACAGAUGUGCGGGAUAUUGACCUGUGAGGAUGAUAGCCGGCCCAAGGGGAGAGGCGCGUUCAUAAUCUGCUCUCUCCUUCCCUCUGGUUAUAUUUUGUUCUUCGUGUUUUAGGAUGAAACUUAAAAAAAAAAAAAAUUUCCGCCCCCACCGAGA